AUGGGAAGUGACUCUUCAGAGAGUAAUGACAGUACUGCUGUUACUUGUAUGUUCAGCCUUUAUGGACAACCGUGUGUCCAGUACGUUUCUAAGUGGAAUGACAUCACACAGGAUGAGACGGUACCAUUUCCUAAAACGGGCAGUUUUGACCCCGUAGUACUUCAAUGCCUUGAGAAACGGGUAAAGUCAGUUAUAAAACCUAAUGAGCGCAUUAAACAUUUGCAAGUUUUAGAUUUAUGGACAAAGGAAAUGUGUAACUGGACUGCAGAUAAUGGGACAAGAGAAAUCAUUGAGGCAGACAGUCACGAUAAGUUUGCAGCAUACACCAUACAAGUGCCUACAGACCAAGCCAGCAUAGAUACUGACAGAAUCUACUUUUUGGUGAGCAAAACCAAUUUUGACUUCAUUUUUGGGUGUGGUCCACAAAAACUAGACUUUAUUUCUUUAGGAGCAGGAGCCAGGGGUUGUGCCACGCUUCGGUGGGGGGAGUGUGACACGGAGGGGGAGCCAAGUGAGGGCAAGAAUCGUAGCAGAACAUUUCAGCUGAAUGAUCACACGACCUGUGGACAACAACAACGGCACAACUCCCCACCCCCUUCCCCUUCCCACUCACCCUCCCCUUCUCACUCCCCCUCCCCUUCUCAUUCCCCCUCCCCUUCUCACUCCCCCUCCCCUUCACAGUCCCCCUCCCCUUCUCACUCCCCCUCCCCUUCACAGUCCCCCUCAGCUUCCCAGUCCCCAUCAUCUUCCCAGUCCACCUCAUCUUCCAAGGCCCCCUCAUCUUCCCUGGCCCACUCCACUUUCCAUUCCCCUUCUCACCACACCUCUCCAUCUCUUUCUGGGACCCCUUCUCCUCCUUCCCAUACCCCUUCUCCUUCAUCUUCGUCAUCCCCAUCUGAACCCCCCUCACCCUCUAUUGCCUUACAUUUCUCUCCACCCCCCUCGCCCUCGCAAUCAGACCCCCCCUCUGAAAUUGUUGCUCCAAUCCAGCCUCCUUCCCCAAUCCCUCCUCCUUCCCCAAUCCCUCCUCCUUCCCCAAUCCAUCCUCCUUCCCCAAUCCCUCCUCCUUCCCCAAUCCCUCCUCCUUUCACCAUCCCUCAGCCGGCUUCACCGAUCAUGCCAAGCUCACCACCCAGUGAAUGGGCACAGGAAGCCCCUGACGAACAUUCCGGGAGUCAGGAUGUUGCCGUGGAAAAUGUUGCCGUUGGAGAUCCAACAUCCUUGCAGGAUAUAGUUUGCAGUAUGAGGCGCCAUCUCCAGGCCUUGGUGGGGCUUUUGGACGCCAUGCAAAAAUUUUGUUAAUUUUAUGAUUAUAAUUAAAAAUAUUAUAAAAAAUGAUAAUAUCAGUAUUCCACUUUUAAAAAAAAAUAAACUAAUAAAUUUAAACA